AUGUCCUCAUCCAGUUUUACGGACAUCUUUCAUUGUGAAGACGCUGCUUCUCCGCAUUCAAAAGGGACGUUCUCAUACACUGAUGAUGGGCUAAAUGACAGUUUGGAUGGGAGUUUGACUGAUGUGUUUGAGGAAGAAUGCUAUGAGGAUGAACUCUGGACCCCACCAAAUGAUGAUCUGAGACAAAAAAUUGCUGCCCAGCUUGAGAACUACUUUUCUGAUGAAAAUCUCUCUCAUGAUGCUUUUCUGCUGAAACAUGUCCAAAGGAACAAGAUGGGUUAUGUUAGUUUGAAACUAUUGACUUCUUUCAAAAAGAUUAAAGAUCUCACUCGUGACUGGCGCACCACACUGGCAGCUGCACGAAUCUCUCAGCAGCUGGAAGUGAACGAGACCGGUACCAAGGUGCGACGUGGGAUCCCAGUGCCUGAUUGGCUCCUGUGCACUCCUACAAGCAAGUUGCUGCUGGCCUGGAACUUGCUGGAUGGUGUUUCUGCAGUCAAGGGCGAGGUGAGUGGGUCACCUGGUGUGGAGCAGCUGGACGUCAUGGAAGCUGCCAUGCGGGUGUUUGCCCCCUUCGGCACCAUUUCUUCCCUCCGCAUUCUACGCCCAGGAAAAGAGGUUCCUGCAGAACUAAAACGUUACACUAAGAUACACAUUGAACUGGGGCGCAAAGUGUGCGCUGUGGUAGAGUACGAUUAUCUGGAGGGUGCGCGUAAGGCUUUUGAAGCCCUAAAGGCAGAAGAGCUGCUGCAAGGAGGAAGAGGUGUUUGUGUGGCCCUGUUGGGUAGUCGAGGAACUCGUAAGCCAGGAUGGAGCCAAGAUAUAAUGGUGGAAGAAUCAGAAGAAGGUAUUGACAUUGGCUGUUGUCAAAAGCCUAACAGAAAGUCUAGAAGGUUCCUUUAUUCCCUAGAAGAUUCUGCCCUUUGCAGCUCUUCUGAGUCUGAUUUUGCCCCUGCCUCACCCCGGCCCAACCGCAGUGUCUCCCGCCCUCAGGCCCUAUAUGGCAGCCCCCUUGCUAUUCCGCGGAUAUCGACUUUCCGCUCUGACGCUUACAGGAAUCCCCUUGGCAGUCCUGUGGGUAGCCCACUCUUGCCUCGCAAGCUUUUUCCUUGCAGUCAGAUGGCCUCUCCAUUGGCCACACAUCCUUACAGUGGUACCCCCACUGCAGCUGGUACCUCCACCUUCAGUAGGAGCAAAAGUGCAGAUGAUCUCUCUCCAGAUGACAUGGGGUUCAUGAGCAGUCCUUGGGUCCAGCGACGUAAACAUGCUGCUCAGGUCGUUCAGCCUGAGAUGAGCAAUUCUUUGUCACCCAACCAGAUAAUUAGAUCUUUAAGUGUCCUGGUUGUGCGCCAGCCUGUUGGACCCGAUGGGACCAAAGGUUUCCACAACUGCAUUGGUAGAGGAAAGGUGAUGCUACCCCAGUGA